AUUAUCCACUUAGAAACCUUCCAUCUCUCCAAGAGGGUUCACAAAGAUGACAACAAUGAGGCAUACAACUGCGUUUCUCUGUGUGCUCCUGGGAGCAAUUUGUAUUCAAAGUAUAACAGCAAGGCCUCUAUCUGAUCCUUAUGGAUGGGAUGCUUCAGGAGGUGGUUUUGUAGCUGCUGAUGUAGAUGCUGGAUUAGGAUUUGAUGUUAAUCCAUCUACAAAGUUUAAUGACAAUUUGUAUAUCCAGCUACUGAAAAGCAAUGCUUUUAGGCGUGUUUUCAAUGAACAGUUCCGUCCUGAUGUGGCUAACGAUUUGUUAUCCUGUAUUGUAACCAAUAUAGGCCAAGAGUUUCAAAUCGAUGCCUCUGCAGUCAAUAACUUUUACAACGCCAUGGUGAACAUUUAUCCGAGAUCUAGUGCUGAAAUCUACGCAAGUACUGCAGCGGAUUCUCUGGCGGAAAUUUUGAGUAGUUAUAACAUCUUGAAUGCAUAUAAUGGUUUUAACAUUGCAAAUACAAUUGCAAACAUAUUUAACAGAUGUGCUGGUGGAUCAUAUAGCGAUAACAGUUUUGCGUUUGACGGUUUUGGUGGCCCUGAUGUAGCAAACGCAAAUAUUGGUGCAGGCUUAAACGCUGCUCUUGGAUUGGGAGCUGGAGUAGGCGCAGGAUUAGAAGCUGGUUUGGGACUCGGAGCUGGAUUAGGACUCGGAGCUGGAACAAGAAAUGGAAUAGGAGCGGCAGCCGGAUUAGGAAUAGAUGCCGAACUUGGAGCUGGUCUAGGACUUGCUGCAGGAGCAGGUGGUAAUCUGGGAGCUGGAGUAGGAGCAGGUCUGGGGCUCGCAGCUGGUGCAGGAGCUGGUUUGGGAGGUAGAGGAGGACUUGGAGCUGGAAUAGGAGCAGGCCUAGGACUUGCAGCUGGAGCGGGAGCUGGUUUGGGAGGUAGAGGAGGACUUGGAGCUGGAAUAGGAGCAGGCCUAGGACUUGCAGCUGGAGCGGGAGCUGGUUUGGGAGGUAGAGCAGGACUUGGAGCUGGUUUAGGAGCUGCAGCUGGAGUUGGAGCUGGUUUAGGUGCUGCAGCUGGAGUUGGAGCUGGUAUUGGAGCUGGUGUAGGAGCUGGAGUUGGAGCUGGUGUAGGAGCUGGAGUUGGAGCUGGUGUAGGAGCUGGAGUUGGAGUUGGAAUAGGAGCUGGUGCUGGAGUUGGAGUAGGAGCUGGAAUUGGUUCUGGUUAUAGAAGUAGAUAUGGAGGUCUAGAGGCUGGACUAAGAGCUGGAACUGGGCUUGGAGCUGGAGGCAUACUUGAUACUUCAGCUGGAGUUGGAGCCGGCUUAGGACUUGGAGCAACAGCUGAACUUGGUGCUGGCUUAGGACUUGGAGCUGGCCUAGGACUUGGAACUGGCAUAGGACUUGGAGCUGGUGUAGGACUUGGAGCUGGUGUAGGACUUGGAGCUGGUGCAGGACUUGGAGCUGGUGCAGGACUUGGAGCUGGUGUAGGACUUGGAGCUGGUGCAGGACUUGGAGCAAACGCUGGGCUUGGAGCUGGUGUAGGACUUGGAGCAACCGCUGGGCUUGGAGCUGGUGUAGGACUUGGAGCAAACGCUGGGCUUGGAGCUGGAGUGGGAGGUGUACUCGGAGCAGGUGUGAAUGCUGGUUUAGGUGUUGGUGCAAAUGUAGGACUUGGACUUGGUGCUGGUAUAGGAUUAGGAGCAGGAGUAGAUGCAGGUGUGAACGUUGGUUUAGAUGUUGGUGUCAAUGGGACUUUAACCCCAGAAGCUGCCGUGGUGUUAUUCCAACAACGCCUAAAGAGAGACCUACUACGAGACAGAUAUUUCAGACAAGUUUUCUCAGAUUCCAUACCGGCAGCUGCGGUAAGUAAUAUUGUUUCGGCUAUAGCACAAUUUCUCUCGAAAGCCUUCAAAUUGCCUCGAUCUUAUUUGUUGAAUUUAGAAAGAGACUUGGCAACUCUCAUAAAAAGAGAUUUAUUAACCCCUGAUGAAUAUGCGGAAGGCAUCUCUGCCAGUUUUGUUAAUCUCUUAGCAGCAGCGAAUUUAUUAGUACCUACUGCAAUAAGUGUUCAGAUUGGUAUGGCAGCUAAAGCCAUAACAUCAGCUAUAUUAAAUUUCGUAGGGACAAACAAAGUAGCAGGUGUAGGACUGGGUAUUAGUAACAAUCCUUAUAACUCUUACUUUUCUAUUCUAAGUGGGUUAGAAAUGUUACCAUAUGUCGGACCAGACGCUGUUUCUCGAAAAUAUCCACCAAUUCUUAAAGCAGUAAGAGCAACAAACUUCGGUGCAAGAUUUACGCAAGUUUUGAAUAGUAAUUUAAUUUCAUCUAACAAAUUUUCAGAUGCAUUCUUGUUAGGAAUACCAGCUCCAGCUUGGAAAACAGUAGCACAGUGUAUAGGAAAUUUUAUGGCUGAAGCUUUCGGAUCCCCUAAUCCGACCUUUUUUACGGAUGUAUAUGCGAAUGCUUUACUCUCAAUGGGUGAAAAACUUAGUUACAAAACAUAUGCUCGUGUCCUUGCAGCCGCUACAGCGAAAGCCCUUUAUUCUCUUGGGUAUUUUGUAUCAGGAAAUCCCAAUAUCCAAGCAGCAAUUGCUGCUAAUGCGAUUAUCAGGUCAUCAGUCAGAUGCCAAGCAAGAAACUAUAGACAAUUCCCAUUACUGAAAACCAAUCUUGGUUUACCUUGGAUGACUCCAGUAACAGGAGUCCUCCCGGCUCAGAUCGGUGUAGGUGUUGAUGCAAAUGUUGGAGUAUCUGCUGGAGCGAAUGUAGGUGUUGGAGCUGACGUGGGAGUAGGCCUGGGAGCUAAUGUUGAUCUCGAUAUUGGAGCUAAUUUGGAUGCUAAUUUGGACGUUGAUGUAGCUGCAGAUAUUCAAGCAGACGUAGAUGCUAAGGUUGCUGCCGCAGUAGGAGCUGUAGGAGGCUUAGGUAGAAGGCGAAGAGAUUUGCUUGAUGCUAAAGCUGCACUGGGAGUUGCUGCAGAUGUUAAAGCAAAUGUAGAUGCUGCUGUUGAUGCGGAUGUUGAUGUAGCUGCUGCAGCAGAUGUAGCGGCAAAUGUUGGCCUAGGAGUAGCAGCAGAUUUGAAAGCGAACGUUGGAGCAAACGUAGGUGUAGGAUUAGGAGCAAACGUUGGAGCUGGAAUAGGAGCAAAUGUUGGAGUAAAUGCCGGUGUCAAUGCAGGAGCUGUUGUUGGAAUCGUACCAUCCAUUUUGGAUGUUUUGCCACAAAUGUUAGCUGAAAAAUUAUUCGCUUCAACGGCACUAUAUACCGCAAUGUCAAUGGUAGGUUCUCGUAAAGUUGCAAAUUUAAUUGGACAAGGAAUAGCAGCCCAGUUCGGUUUCACAAGUGCUGCUGUGUAUGCAAAUGCUUAUGAUAUUAGUCUUUCAAAUAUGCCCGAGAGUAAUUUUGCACCUUCUGUAGUAGCAAUUGCAAGAGCGGUAACUGAAGCUUUAGCAAGCGCAGGAGUCUUAACCAACGGCUUUACCAUUCUUACUGCUGAUCAGUUAUCUACGGCAAUCGUAUUGAAAUUAUCUUCGCUCAUAGCAACAUCUCUAGAUACUAAAGAAUGGAAUAUUGGACCAAGAUGGACAUACAUCUAUGAUUCAGAGUUCCUGGCUCCACCAUUGUCUCGUGGUUAUAAUUAUUUGAAGCCUAAUGUUUUUUCAAGUAAUGUGGCUUCUUUUGAUGACACUCUGGCAUUGGAUUAUGGCAUGGGCAAUUCCGUCACUUUGAAUGUGCCAGCUAACAAUGGUAUUCCAUCAGCAAGAAGCAAAAUUCUUCUAAAAUAAUGGCAUAAACUUUUAACUCUUACAAUACAUUCCAAUUAAAUGGAAAUAAUUUCAACACUCAGAUGUAUUAAUUUUCAUUUUGGAUAAAAUUGUCAAAAAAUCAGUUUUGUAAAGAAAUGUAUUGAAAGAAAUGCAAGAUCUAUAUGAAUAAAUUUCUAUUUUAUUCUUAAAA